AUGCUGGGGGUUCAACUAGUAGCGAUGCUUGUACUGCUAUUACUACCGUGCUAUGCAGCAGUGGAAGUUGGAAAAAUCAUUCAAGUCAGUGGAUCGAACGCUGUCCAGAUCAACUCUCUCGUUUCACAGCGUCGACAUGAGCUGAACUCACUCAAAGAUAAAAUCAAAGGAUCAUCUAAAGGGUUCUUUAGGUCAAGUGGAAUCUCAAGUUCUCAGAGGAAAGAACUUGACAACGCAUUCGAAAACCUGCAGUCUGCAGUUAACGACUAUCUCAUUUGCAACACAUGCCUACGUUACCACUUGAACGAUUAUGUGGAUUUUGAUGAGGUAGAUCAGUCACCAGGUGGUUAUAAGGGUGUCAUGGUGGCGAUUAAUAUACGUUUUCAAGGUGAGCCAGAUCACAAAAUUCAGAUGCUUAAUCUUAACGUUAUGGAUCGCGACAUGAAUACAUUGAGAAAGAUUAGUGGCAUUCACGAGCAAGCUGUUCAUAUGGCUAUUGACUACUCUGUAUUGACUAAAGAUAGAACAUCCUACUCCAAAGAGUAUAUAGAUAUAUGCUUCGAGAAUCUGAAGGUGGAUCGGUCGUGGAACUCAAAACCAAGAGAGAUCGAUGCCGACAUGUCGAUCGAAUUUGGUAUGCCAUCAAUAGCUUCCAUCUAUAAGAAAUCCUCCGAAAAAAUCGGUAAGAUUCAGAAGAAACUCCUGAGAGCUGAUACAGAAUUGGAAGCUAUCGUUAAACAAACACUAUUUACUAGGGCCAAUGCUGAUAACGCACUCCGUGAUAUCAACGAGGACACUUAUGCCAAGCAAACAAUUCUUUGUACUGCCACAAUCGUUGUCUAUAUAAUAGCUAGCCUUUGCCAAACACUUUGGCUGAAAAGGUACUUGAGAGUUCACAAUUACCUAUAG